AUGGUGUCGGCGGACGAGAUUAAGAUCGCAUCGCGCGGCAAGGUGGACCGGAAAGAACAGCGCAAGCAGCAGCGGGCCAACCUGGAGCGGGCGCUGGCUCCCAAGCGCAAAGACCUCGAGAGCAACAUCAGAAAGGAUCUCGGGAAGGACGCGAGCGACGAAGAGGUGGAAGCCGUGGUCGAGCGUGAGUUCCAGCAGCUGAUCGAUGAUGCGAUGGAUGCCAUCGAACCAUCGCCGGAACGGGAGUGGACGCUGCUGCGGGUGCUGUGGGAGGCGCUGACGUGGAUCGUGGCCGUCGGGUGCGCGCUGUUUGCGUGGUGGGGGCUGAACCACGUGGACGAGUUGGCGCAGGUGCUGGCGGGCAACGGAAACCUGCGCGUGACGGUGCUGGGCCGCAAGUACGAGCUCGGGUGGGCGGAGAAGCCGCAGCCCUUCCACGACUACUUCGGAUGA